GACGUUAUACCAGCAUGGCACUUCCACAAAAACGUCAUUUUUCAAAAUAAACGGAAUGCUUUAGUGAAACCUAAGUACACUUUGUAACAUUAGAUGCUUAUUUGCAAGACAUGAACUUUAAAACGAAUGGACCUCAACGAAGGAUCCGCGCUGGGCGUAUUUCGAUGCAAACUCUGUGAAUUAUCGAGUCCGUAUACUUUCUACGGACAGAAGCCACCAAACACGAGAGCGAUAGUCCUCUUGGAAGAAUGUUAUGGCAUGAAAGACCCCUUCAGUCCAGACAGAGAAAAGUUCCUGGUUUUAGGAUCCAAAUGCAGCUUGUGCAGUAAGACUGUGUGUGUUGGGGCGGACUGCAGCUUGUUCUACACCAAACGCUUUUGCUUGCCAUGUGUGCGAGAUCACAUCCAUCAGUUUCCAGAACAGAUUCAGGCUGAGCUGGCGAAGAAAAAGAACACCCAGAAGACGUCCUCCUCAUAAUGUUCAGCUUCUCAUUGGUCACAAACAAAAGACACUAAUAAACAAAACCUUACCCAGAUAUAAACAUUUUGUUGUUUCUCAAAAACCGUGUUUCUCCAUUUUGCAUCCGGGAGCCCUGGAUGUCUCCCUUAUGUAGUUCAUGAAUCUCUCUGAUAAUAAAUUAAUCAGAUGUGCUUUCAAAUGUAAGUUUAAUAAACAUUUUAUUUGUAGGCUA